UCGAUGUCGACUGAUACGGCUUGGGUGGAGUCCGUGCUUUUAGCCCCAAACUUUUAUUUUUUCUUUUCUUUUCCUUUUUCUGAUGCAGACAAAAGACCUGAAAAAUGCAUAAAUAAUCCCUCCCUUUCUUAUUUUUAUUUUUAUUUUUUUAAAUAACAGCGGCGCUAUAGACACCGUAUUCAUAUUUCGUCAUUAAAGAUAGCUUAACGUGACACUUUCUUUCUGAUGAAUUAAACAGGGAUUAUAAAGCUUACAUUCUGGCAAGUGAACUCUUUAUCUUGCCUUAGCACACAGCUUUUCAAUAUUUAAAAAAUGUUUUCAAAGAUAAAUCCGACGCAUCAUUUCCUACUUUCGAAAACAAAUUUGAAAUGUGGGUCAAAAUAUUAUUAGUACGUUUAAAAAAAAUAUAUGUAUUGUCGAGUAUGCAAAUGACCGAGGAUGAUGGAGGAAGAACGAGAGAAAUCGCAUAUAGACGGGAAAUGAUUGCAUAUAAAACUCAAGGGUAAAACCGAGUCCAGUUUAGUUGGGGAUUUUCCACACGAUGACGGCCAAAAUGAUCCAGCACACAAAGAAAGUCUAAUAAUCGCCAAACUAUUCAACUGUUUCCGAUCAAUAAAGAAAAUCGACCUGUCUGUGCCAGACCUUUUGUGAUGGAUGGAUAUAAAAGUGACUCGAAAAUGGAGAGUCUGCUGUCCAAACGAAUACGUUGUCCCCGAACUGAGCAGUUGAACUAUUGCUCGAUUUCUUUUGCCCGCAUUAUUUUUUUAAAACCAUCAUGUGCCAGAAGCCCAUCGCUUUAAUGGUAUUGAUCGCCAUCUGCUGGCUUUCUUUGGCCAACGGAAUGCCGACAUUGACCGGUAGCCUCAAUAACAGAGAUCGAUCUGCCGUGGAGACUGGCGAUCGAUUAAGACGUCAAACGGAUUACUCGCAAGACGAAACGAUCGUAGUUGACGCUCCCGAAAUCUACGACGACGCCUACGCCCUUACGGAUGACUCGUCAGCUGAUGGCAAUUUAACUUUACGGUUCGGCUCCGGAUAUCAUCAACAAUACAAUCCGUUCCAAUAUGGCGGAUGGAAUGCUUACGGUGGCGCUGGGCAACAAUAUCCCAACAACAACAACAACUUCCCAGGGGGUUAUCCUGCAUAUCCUUAUGGCCCUUACAACUACAAUAAUUACCCGGGCAGUAGCAACACGACGAUGAAUCCAUUUUACAAUUAUAAUUACAACAAUGGCCACGGAUAUUAUUACCCAAUGAAUACGACAUCUACUUCGACGACGACAUCUACUUCGACAUCUACUUCGACAUCUACUUCGACAUCUACUUCGACAUCGACCACUACGACGACGAGACCACCUUAUGGGAAUUAUUACGUAUUCAAUUUCCGUGACGGUUCCGGCAACCAAACUGCUAUUGACGAUGGGACUUAUGGCGAUGUAGGUCAAGACGACGGUUUCAAGUUUGAGAACCGUUAAACACCGAUUUCAAAAACUAUUCUUCGUGCACGAUUGCGAUCGAGAUAAUUAUCUCAUGACGUAACUUUCUUGUCCAAUCGACCAAGCAUUAUCGUAUUACCUUUUUUUUUUAAUUAAAGAAUAUAAUUGCAACCUAUGAAUCCCUUAAAAUUAAAAUAAUACAUUUUCCCUACAGAUUUGCACUGACACGAAAUAAAUUGCAGUUUUCAAAA